AUCUAUAUCCGUGGUAUACAACGGUAUCGUAGUUGUAGUUGUUAUUGUUGUUGAUAACGAUUACAAAUAAUAAUAAUGUGUUUUAACGUAUCUAAUUAAACAUACCUAAUUUGCACACAGAGUUAUUCGCGGCCGACCUUCAUCGCGAGACGCGAAAUGAAAACGAAAAAAAAUUGAACGAACAUGUUACAACACAUUUAGACAGCCUCCAGUAAACCAUAAAUGAUAAUAAUAGUUCUGUUAUAUUUUUAUAUUAUAUUUUCUUCGCGUUCCGUAUUAUUGUUUCACUCCCAAAAUAUCUACCCAUGUAUACCUACACGGCUUGUAGUCGGACGAAUUGCGUCGUCUGUUUAAUAACGAUAAUCGAACAAUGACAUGUUUGUUUAACGCAGGCCGUGAGUACCUACCUACUUCUCCAUUCGAAAUCAGGCCACACUUAAGGACGGAUAUAAUCGUAGGUAUUUAUUUUUUCUCUAUCGUCCGGUUGCGACACGAUGCGUUCGACACUACUGCUGGCGGCUGCCAUCUCGCUCGUGACCACUGAUAUCUGUUUGGCCAUCGAUCCAUUGGCCCAAGAGUACGGCGAGCUAGUGUUUUCAUCACUGCUUUAUAGACACGGUGAUCGAGCGAUUACUGAUUUAUCUUACCCAAAAGAUCCUUAUAGAAACGCAUCUUACUGGCCUAUGGGUUAUGGACAAUUGACUAAUCAAGGAAAAGAAAGACAUUAUGAAUUUGGAAAAUGGAUAAGAAAUAGAUACAGUGAUUUUUUGCCUGUUCGAUAUUCAAGUGAAGAUAUAUACAUUCGUAGUACUAGUGUGGAUCGUGCUUUAAUGAGUGCAGCUGUUAAUCUAGCUGGUUUAUAUGCACCAAUUGCAGAUCAAAAAUGGAACAACAAAUUAGGAACUUUAUGGCAACCAAUUCCAAUUCAUUCAAUUCCACGAGAUCUCGAUAAGUCUUUGUCUUUUGGUAAUAACUGUCCUCGGUUCACAAGAGAUUUUAAUAACCUCCAAAAUUUACCAGAAAUACAACGAUUUAAUGAAGAUCACCAGCCUUUAUACAAUUACCUUAAAGAAAACAGUGGCAUGAAUUUUACUGAUUUAAUUGAUGACACGUUAACUUUAUAUGAUUUAUUAUUAGUUGAGACACAAUUUAACUAUACAUUACCCAAUUGGACCCAUUCUGUAUUCCCUGACAAAUUAAGAGAAGUUUCUGAAUUGGCAUUUCUAUUGCCAACAUAUACUCCAAUAUUGAAGAAACUGAGUUGUGGUGUAUUGCUUAAUGAAAUUGUUGAUAAUAUGAAACAAAAACGGAAUGGAACUAUGCAAACCGAUUUCAAAUUAUGGGUAUACUCAGCUCAUGAUACCAAUGUAGCUGGUUUAUUACAUUCUUUAAAUGUUUACAAUCAUAAAUUACCACCUUAUACUGCUGCAGUGUUUGUAGAACUUAGGAAGAAUAAAAACUCAAAUAAUACUUUUGUUGUUACUGUAUCAUAUAGAAACACUUCUACUCAUGAUCCUUAUUUGCUCCAUGUUCCUGGUUGUGAUUCAAUAGCAUGCGAUCUUGACCAGUUUAUUGAUGUCGUGAAUCCAAUUCUACUUACAGACUGGUAUAAAGAAUGCCAUAAGCCUGAAGAAAAUAAUGUUUUGGCAUAUUUUGGAAUUAUUGCAGUCAUAUUGAUAGCUGUUUCAAUUAUAUUUUUUAUGUUGAACAAAAAAUAUUUCAUCUGUUAUUGUGGCAGAAAUUAUCAAAAAUUGUACCAUGCCGUGCCCCGGGAGGAGACCGAGACUGUGGAUUUCGAUCAAGACGGACGGAGUCGCGUAGCCGUCUCGUUUCGGAUGAACGGCGUCGAAUCGACAUCCGCAGAUGUGUAAAUAUUAUAUUAUUAUUAUAAUAUAAUAGUACCUACGUACCUGCAGCAGUAUAAUAUAUUAUUAUAUAAUGUGUAACACAGAGGGCGGUGCAUCGCAUAGUGACGGUUUUCGUAAUUAUUGUCAUAAUAAUAAUUGGUAUCUAUAAAUACCGCCUAUAUUAUAAUGAUCGAUUUUUGUUGAUUGUCGGGAAAUGUAAUUUUUCAAAAACUGCAGGUUUCUCGAUUGAUCGUUUAAGGGACACUGCAAUUUUUUUGCAGUGCGUUUCAUUAUUGUCGCGCAAUCGCCAUUUGUUUAUACAUUUAAUAUUAUUAUUAUUAUUAUUUACCUAUUACACAUUUACACUUAACAUAAUUUAAAAAUAUAGAAUACAAAUACCUAUA